AUGGUCACCACUCAAGAAUGCUUGCGAUAUCUUCAGACUGGCGCCGUCACCAAGGGUGAUGCUGAUAUAUCAGGCAAAGGUGUCAUUCUGGCGUUCCUGAUCAGCGCCUAUGUGUCCUUUGCUGCUGUGCUCGUCGCUUACGUGACAGGCAUGCUGGAGGAUGAGCUCCUAACGACCGUGGACAGAAAAAUCAUGCGCAUCAAGUCUCGCAAAGACAAGCACCCCCGGAUACACGAAACAAUUCAACACAUCGUCCUGCUCUUGAGCGACCAGCAAAUUGUGACGGGUAUCGCAAUAAUGGCCGCCGGGUUUGUUGGUCUGCGCGGAGGACAGAUGAGCGUGUACCACUAUCAAAUCGUCCUCUACCUUGCUUGGCUUUCAAGCUCAGUACAUCUUUCCGCUUUGACACUGCUCCGACCCUUUCUCAACAAACACCAAGGACUGAGAGCCUGGCGGCUACUUGGAAUGAUAGUGUUAUUCUUUAUGCUCAUCGUCGGUCUCGUGCCGACUGUCAGUUAUGACUGGGGCACUAUUUAUAGCCCUGAAGCUGAUACCUCACUGCCGGAUACCAUACAGCCAACUGGAUGGGGCAUUCCUGCAAUCUGCUUCUGGGGCAAAACAUAUGGCGACGGAUUCAAUGACGAUGCGCCCAUUGGUUACCUCAUUUUGAUAUUCAGCUAUGUCUGGAAGAUGGGCGAUCUCUUCGUAUCACCUCGGAACCUGUAUAACCGAACAAUUCGCAGGCCGCUUGAAAAUUUCAUUGCGAAGACACUGUCCGUUUUCGCAAGGAGAUAUAUGCAAGACGGAAACGCGCUAUGGCUCUGGUGUUUUCGAGGAUUACUGGUCAUUUGGAUUCCGCUGGUCGCUUUUAUGGAAGCCAUGGCAUCUUUCUCUGCCUCUUUAUGGUUGUCUGCCCUUGGACUCGCGCCAUAUCAGAACACGCAUGGAUACGACAAGGUGGAACCAUCGAAAGCAACAUUUCUGAACCUGUUCGCCGACAAACAACCGGGAGCUCUACUUCAGAUCAUGGUCCAGAGUCAGAGCCUUUGGUAG